GAAAUGGUCCCGCGUCUUGUUCACUGUGAGCAUGGUAACUUCAAGGGAAGCAUGAGAGAAACAGAAAGAAAACCGCAAAAACCGACUUUCUUUUCUCUCAUUCGUGUGAAAUGAGAGAAAUCUUUGCCCUAAAACAAGCAGUGCUUCUCGGUUCGGGGAGUAAAGCGGCUGAGCAAACCAAUUUGUUCAUUAUCAGGAGAAAGGGAGGAAGCGCUGCCGCUGCGACUCUCUCUCAGGAACAGCUGCUCUAAUGGCUGCUCAUCACUAACCAGCCUGCAGAUCUCAACGAAGAUGUCUAACGAAGAAACGACCACGUCCGCGGAGAGGACGGUGGUUUUAAGUGAGAACACGCUCUUUGGGAUGGGAAAUCCCUUGCUUGACAUCUCAGCUGUUGUGGACAAAGAUUUCCUUGAUAAGUUUGGGCUGAAGCCAAAUGACCAGAUCCUGGCUGAAGACAAACAUAAAUCCUUGUUUGAAGAAAUCGUCAAGAGGAGCAAAGUGGAAUACCAUGCUGGUGGUUCUACCCAGAACUCUGUGAAAAUUGCUCAGUGGAUGAUCCAGAAACCGCAUAAGGUGGCUACUUUCUUCGGCUGCAUCGGGGAAGACCGCUUCGGUGAGAUCCUGAAGAAGAAGGCUGAAGAGGCCAACGUCGACGCCUAUUAUUAUGAGCAAAACGAGGAGCCGACUGGUACCUGCGCAGCCUGUAUCACCGGAGACAAUAGGUCCCUUGUUGCUAACCUGGCAGCGGCAAACUGCUACAAAAAGGAAAAACACCUGGACUUGGACAGCAACUGGGAGCUGGUGGAGAAAGCCAAGGUCUAUUAUAUUGCGGGUUUCUUCCUGACCGUGUCCCCGGAGUCGAUCCUCAAGGUGGCAAAGCACGCUUCGGACAACAACAAGAUCUUCUGCAUGAACCUCUCGGCACCGUUCAUCAGUCAGUUUUUCCUCGAGCCCCUGAUGAAGGUGAUGCCUUACGUCGACAUUCUGUUUGGAAAUGAAACGGAGGCAGCCACAUUUGCCAAACAGCUGGGCUUUGAGACAGAGGACAUUGCAGAAAUCGCACAGAAGACGCAAAACCUCCCCAAGGAGAACGGAAAGAGGCAGAGAGUGGUGGUCUUCACCCAGGGCAAGGACGACACAGUCGCCACUGUUGUUGACAAAGUGACCAUGUUUCCUGUGGUGGACAUCGACCAGAAUGAUAUUGUGGACACUAAUGGAGCAGGAGAUGCCUUUGUGGGAGGAUUCCUCUCCGCAUUGGUCCAAGAGCAAACUUUGGAGGAGUGCAUUCGUGCGGGACACUAUGCAGCUAACGUCAUCAUCAGGAGGGUGGGAUGCACCUUCCCAGAGAAGCCGGACUUUCACUGAUCAAUUCGAACUCUGCACAUUUUCGUCUUUGCCACAGGAUACUUGACACUUGUAUGCUUAAGGAUUAUAUGUACAUUUUUUUCUAUUUGCAAUGAUUGACUUUAAGGGACUAAUUGCUACAGCUAUAAUAUUUCUGUCAAGCGCUAAUGAGAGACUCAGAUGUAAUACAGUGUAAUACAAGUACUAGUAUCAAAGAUCAAGAAAUAUUCAUGUAUAAAAUAGUAUUCCCCCCCAAUAUUAACAAAACAUAUAUCAAAUAUUAAAUGCCUAAAGGGCUGAAAAUAUAAUAUGAAUGAGUUUAACCUAAAGAAAACUUGGUAGUAUUGUACUCUGCCUCCAAGCAUCACUUCUUUGUUACGCUGUGUAAGUUUGAGGUCAUGCAGUUUAUAAUUUAUUGGAGAAAUAAUAAAGGAACUGGCCACUAGCUAAGAAGUGCAACAGGAGUUGCUUGAAAAGUUUCUCAUGAGGCUCUGUGCUCCUUCAUGAAAGAGUUACAAGCUCUAAUUGCCGAUCACAACCCUGCUGCUUAAUCUACUUCUCAAUUUCUGCUCAAUGUCUUUCACGCCAUUUUUGAUUUGCCAGUAAAUUGCUAAUUGUGCGUCUUCUAUUGAAGCUUCUGAACUAUGAGGCAGUAAGUGACAAGGAUGUGGAGUAAACUGUAGCGUGUACAGCAUGGCUGCGAUGCAAGAAAUUAUGUAUGUUAUCAAUAUUACCAGCAGGUGGAGAAUUUUGUGAUUCUCUAUAAAAUGAAAUGCUGUAUAUUAUAUUGUCUGUCAAAGGUUUUCCUCUCAUAUUCAGCUGUGCAUCUACAGUCAUCAUUGAUGGAGAACGGAUAUGGACAUCUUUUCAUUUCCAAGAGAGACUGUUUUAAAGGCAUACUUUUUUUUUUUUGGUUAUGCAAAUAAAAAAAAAACAUUACACAA